AUGAAACUCGAAGGUCCACAGAUGGCUGGUUGUAUGAUGUCCAUGUACGAGAAAGCGGAACGAGCUAUCGACAAAGGUGCUUCUGCCAUUGUUUUUGACAUAACCGAAAAUCCGGAAGCUGCACGCCAGUUACGGCGUUCGUCUCAGACGCUUCUCGAACGGCCAGUGGUCAUCAUUCGUGGCCGAGAAGCGGCCAAAUUGAUGGAAAUAGUAAAUACUUCCAAAGGAAGACGAGCCCGCGUGCGUAUUUGGUUCACAGCUGACGAGAGGAUUCCAGAAGGUGUAAGUCCGACGACAUAUAAGGCCAUCGUUGUGACAAUCUUCAUUAUUUUUUGCUUCGUAUGUCUGUCUAUCGUACUCAAGUGGAAAUUUCGCCGAGAGAGACAGACGUCAGUCUCAGAGUUAGCCAAGCGAGCCGUCUCAAAACUGGAGACACGAAAGUACACUGGGAACAAAAUGAAAUCUCAGCGUCCAUACACUCCAACCUCUGAUCUUUACAGUCAGAGUUCUGGAAUUGACACUUGCGCCAUUUGCCUUGAGGACUAUAAAAAUGGUCAGGAGUUACGUGUUCUACCUUGUCAGCAUGAGUUUCAUCGAAACUGCGUGGACCCCUGGCUGGUAACAAACCGCACUUGUCCAUUGUGCUUGCAUAAUAUUAUGGCUUUUCACUCAUCAUCUUCAUCAUCAUCUGGUGCAAUGUCGCAACACAGUUCACUUAACAGCCAGCCGCAUAGCCCUCAUGGGCCCAUUCCCUCCACCAACAAUGCUCUUACAUCGACAACUGUCAACCAGGGUGUUGGCGUAAGUAGUGGCUCCAACAACAAUCACCUCCAUCAAUACCACCACAGCCACUAUUAUCAUAAUCCCAACCAGCCUAAAUCAGGACCCCAGUCACACAACAACCGUAACUCCACUGGUGUCAACAUGAACUCAUGCAACAUGGAUUAUUUUCAGACAUUUGCCGUUCAAGGCACUUCACGAUCAGGAACUAUGAACAACUUCCUCUAUACUUGCCCCUCAUGUGAAGGCACGCGGACCAAUGCUGUCAACAGUUCCUCAAUGAUUCCGUCCACUUCAUCCAUGGCUGGAGCUUCCACGACAGCCACUGGUUUCCAUUCGUCAGUGAACACACCACCUCGUUCCACAUUUCUGCAUUCGCUGCAAACCCGUGCCUCAGGUCUUGAUUAUGCACAUGCUCUUCAGCGGGCAUUGUACCUGGCAAAAUCGUAUGGGCGGCAUGUCAGCUCAGCUGCCACAACCACAACCACAGCUUCUACAAGCACAGCCACAAAUUUUACAUCAACAGGCAUGGCCACAUCCUCAAUGGCAUCAAACACGGGACUUGUGCACAUGUUCCAAACACCAUCAACUUCCCUCGCCUCAGAUAACUUGUGCAGUUCACCUAUGUUCUUAGGUCGCACACGCUUCUAUCUUUCGAAAAGGCUUAACUCAUGGGAGAGUGACCCUGAGUUUGCAGGGAGUAAAAACAAUAUAAGCACAAUGGCGACGUGUGGCAGCUGCAGUUCUGAUCAAAACCCGAGUAAUGAGAGUUUGCAGUGUAAUUGUUGUCGGCGCAUGAGUGAUUCAACGUUUAUAGACAGUAACCAAAGUACUUAUGGCAGUACAGACAUGAAAGACCCGAGUGAUGUGAGCAGUUAUGAUUCAAAUGUCUACCGAAGUGAGACGCCAGAGAGUGCCAAGGCUGACUGCUCAAACCGUGCUUUGCACCCUGCACAUCACAAUUCCUAUCAGUCAAGUGUAUUAACUGGUACACAAAAGACUCAAAUCCACAAACAGCAUUAUUACCAAAACAAAAGUCAAUAUAAUAUCCACCAUCACCAACAACAACAUCAUCAUCAGCAGCAGCAGCAACCACAACACAGAAAACGUGACAACCACUACACGUUGAGUCAAAAGGCUGUUGAAUAUUGCCUUGACUACAACAGCAGUAGUGAUACGUCGGUUGGCAGCAAUAAUGACCGAACAGGAGGUCGGGGAUUGAAAAGAUCCAUUUGCAAUCUAAGUCAGGCUUCAUCGGAACAUUCACUGAGUCAGCUGUCUGCCAUGUCGGGAAGUGAUGAAAGUUUUUCUUCCGAAACUAGUCACAUUCUAGCCAAGUGUAGCCCUGUCCUAUCAACUUCUUUAACCAACUCAACACCCACACCGGCACCACCCCCAACUGACCUACCCACUGAUAAAGAUGACUCUUCGUCUUCAUCCUCCCCCAACACUACUAGCAAUACUGUGAUAAGACCCUUUAAUGAAACCCGCACAUUCACACCACACUAUCCCCCAAACAAGCCCCCAAAACAGUUCUCGUCACCCAGCCACCACAGGCACAGACAUUCACGGACAGUAUCGAGGCGGCAUGCAGCUAGUAUGCGUAACCGGCACUCUGUACCCUCAUUAAGGGGAAAAUUAAAAUUGAACGGGCUUCCAUCUUCGACACAAGUUACUUCUGGGACUGCUACUCCUCUUGCUGGCGCCCUCAGCGGCCUCCGAAGAGGGGAAGAGAUUUGGGAACAUUAUAGGCUAUCUAAAGGACGAGGUACAACAGGUACUCAGCAUUCAAAUCAUUCUCACUAUCUACCCCCGCUAGUCAGAACAUCCCAGCAAAAGACUCCAAAUAUCACAUCGCCCCCCUCCCCAGCACCGCCCCCGAACCCUCUACCUGCUUUGUCUGUUGUGAACAAGCGAAUCCCAUCCCUUUCAGAAGAGGAGGACGAAGGGGUAGAGGAUAACAUCGACGAGUCCGUUCCCCCUCCUGCACCGUCUCUUCCUUUGCCAGCUACGCCACGUCUGUUAACCUUAGAGCGUCUCUCAUCUGUUUGCCUUUCCUCUUCCCAAAGUAGUACACCAUCACAAAGCAGACUCUCACUUUCUCAGCAUGGACUCAUGUGCCCACGCUGUAUCAACCACAAACAAUCUUUAUCAACUUCCAAUCCACGGAGAUCUAUGCUUUCAUUUUGUUCUUAUCUAUCUAUCUAUCUAUCUAUCUAUCUAUCUAUCUAUCUAUCUAUCUCAUUAAUUCUGUUCUUACCUGUCUCUCACUUUCAUGCUAUUCUCAUUUAUCUAUCUCUCUUUCAUUCUGUUCUUAUCUAUCUAUCUAUCUAUCUAUCUAUCUAUCUAUCUAUCUAUCUCAAUCUUUCUGUCUCUUUCCUUCUCUCUUUCCUUCUUAUCCAUCUAUCUCUUUUAAUCUAUUCUUAUCUAUCUAUAUAUCUAUCUCAGUCUGUUUAUAUCUAUCUAUCUAUCUAUCUACAAAUACACAUUUAUGCACAGUAA